AUGAAUGGUGGAGGAGAAUCAGAGCUGGAGUUCAGGAGGUUGGGGAGGGGCCAGGGGUGCGAGGACCCCCUAGAAGCAUCAGGGAGAAGAAGACAGAACACACAGAGGGCCUUCCUCUCUUUCAGCUUUUUAAUUGUCCCUCCUCACACAGCAGAUCACUGUGUCUCCUGUGAACUCUACACGUGGCAGUGGCUUGGGGCAGCUGCAGAGGGGCCCGGCCCAGACCCUCUGUAUUCUGAUGGAUGA